AAGCUCAUGAGAACGGGGUAGGUAAUUGUCAAUUCCUCAUAGAGUAUCCAAUUUACUCUAGGUCUACCAUUAAGCACUAUAUGAGACUAUAUAGAGCUUGCCUGAGGCGCAUAUCACCGGAACAUCGUUUCAUCACCCUCCGUUGGUUACCCCUCCUCACAGGUCCCCAACAGCUCGUUCGAUUUGGCUCCACGUCUCCAGCAAUCAAACCUGUACCCUUUAGCAACUCGAACGUGUCUUCAGUACUGUUCCAAACAGCAAGGAUGGACGAGAAAAUCAAACAGCACUAUCUUGCCGAUUCGCCUCCGUCUGUUGUAAAGCUGGAAAUCAAGUCGCAUUUCGACAACCUCAAGGAUGGCAAAUCAAGGAAAUACGCCCAUUACAUGAGCAGGGCUGCCUUUGAAGGAACCCGGAUCACUCUCCGCCAGGUUUCGCCUGAAGCCGAACCAAUCUAUGAUUUGAUCCUUGUGUUAUAUCAGGCAUGUGGUGGAGAUUGGAACAGCCUGGCUCAGAAGACCAAUGUUAGCGCUGAGGAUCUUCGUUUCUUUCUCGAAUACGCUGCUCAGUUUCUCGGCAAUUGCGGUAACUAUAAAGGGUUUGGUGAUUCCAAAUUCAUCCCGAGGCUGUCGGAAUCAUCUUUUCAAGCGCUCGCUGCGGCCACGCCAGAGACACAGGCAGCUUAUGAGAAAGCAGCCAAGGCUGGCGGUGGAAUUUACGAAACCAAUGAACAAGCACUCAUGCAUCUGGGAUAUGCCGACAAGGGCCACAUGACUACCUAUUACCCUGAUUCUCCCUCAAUAACCAAGGAUGAAAUCACUGCUGUAGGGGACUUUUUGGGGCAGAAAGAUCUUCCCCUGGAGAACACAAGAUUGAGGAAGACCUCAUCUGGCGACUAUGAGUUGCUCAUUGCUUCCGGAAGCUCGGCACCGUCAAUCCAGGAUCGAGACCUUGGUGAUCAAGACUCAUGGGAGCUGGCGGGGAAAUUGCAAGGGAAGAAACUCCGUCUGGUAUUCGGAGAUUAUGAGAAAGAGAUGGCCAAGAUUGCCUACAAUAUCAAGCAGGCCGAACUCAACGCGGCAAAUGAUAACCAAAAACGGAUGCUUGCAUCUUAUGCCAAAUCUUUUGACACCGGAUCCAUCGAGGCUUUUAAAGAGAGUCAAAGAGUCUGGGUCAAGGAUCAGAAGCCGGUUUUGGAAACAAACCUCGGCUUCGUGGAGACGUACAGAGAUCCUCAUGGGGUGAGAGGGGAAUGGGAAGGCUUUGUGGCUUUGGUCAACAUGGAACGUACUCGUGCCUUUGGGAAACUCGUGGACAGCGCAGAGGGGAUGAUCCCCAAGCUUCCUUGGGGUAGGGAUUACGAAAAGGACAAAUUCCUGAGCCCCGACUUCACGUCUCUGGAAGUUCUGAGCUUCCAAUCCUCCGGCCUCCCUGCAGGCAUUAAUCUUCCCAACUAUGACGAUAUCCGCCAGAACUUGGGCUUCAAGAACGUCUCGCUUGGAAACGUACUGAGCGCCAAGGCUCCUAACGAACCUAUCCCCUUUAUCACCGAGAAAGAUCUUGACGUCUUCCGUCGGUGCCGGGAUGCAGCCUUUGAAGUGCAAGUUGGCAUACAUGAACUCCUGGGACACGGAACUGGCAAGCUCUUGCAGGAAACGAGCCCCGGAGAGUACAAUUUUGAUUUUUCAAACCCACCAAUCAGCCCGGCCACCAACAAGCCUAUCUCAACAUGGUACAAGCCAGGCCAGACCUGGAGCUCUGUGUUCGGUGCCAUUGCUUCUUCGUACGAAGAAUGUCGCGCAGAGUGUGUGGCUAUGGCUCUUGGCUGUGAUUUUGAAAUCCUCCAGAUCUUCGGCUUUGGUGACGGUAAUGAAGAUCUGGCGGGCGAGGCUGGUGAUAUCUUGUUUGCCUUAUACCUUCAGAUGGCCCGAGCUGGCCUUGUCGCAGUCGAGUUCUGGGAUCCAAAGACCCAUAAAUGGGGCCAGGCACACAUGCAGGCACGCUAUAGCAUCCUCCGAACCUUCCUAGAUGCUGGCGACGACUUCGUUCGCCUUGUCCACCAAAAGGAGGAUCUUUCCGACUUGGAAAUCCACCUUGAUCGAACCAAAAUUCUCACUCAUGGGCGUCCCGCAGUAGAGAGAUAUCUGCAGAAGCUCCAUGUCUACAAGAGCACGGCGGACGUCGAUGCCGGACAGGAACUCUAUGAUAAAGUCACUUAUGUGGACGACUGGUGGGGAACCAAAGUCCGUGAGGUUGUCCUCAAGAACAAGGUUCCCCGUAAGCUAUUUGUUCAAGCCAACACAGUCCUAGAGGGCGAUAACUGGUUUUGUGAUUAUAUACUCCGCCCUCUAUAUGCAGCAGCUAUCCUCAAGACAGCCGUGACCCGCUUGCUUGCUACCAGCUUCACCACUCCAACGAGGUUUCUCUUGAGCAGCCAUUUCACCACCUUGUCGAGGCCACGGUACCCUGCUGGCUCGCCUGCCACGGCGCGGCCCCCUCAAAUCGACUCCGAAGCGGAGGCCGAAUCGCAUACAGCAAUCCCUCCGCAUUCUCCAUCCUUCAAAGUGUCCUCAAACUCCUUUACCUCCCGACCUCCGCCCUUUUCGUCGCUCUUUUCAAGCUCUACCCAAGACCCCAAUCACGUCAAAACCGCCGUCACAGUAGCCGAACCCGCUCCUGUCACGUUUGUUCUACCACCGCCGCUCGAAGAAUCGUCCAUUGCGCCUGAUCCUCCGUCGGUUGUUGCGGAGGUCAAGACACACCUUGCAGCAGACAAGAAAGAAAACCUUGGCAAAAAUUCAGACGACUCGGAGCCUCCGCCGCCGUACACAGAAGGAUCCAGCCCGAUCGAAUCGUUCACAUACGUCAUGGCUGCAGCUGGAGGUGCCUCUAGUAUCAUUACGCAGGUACAACAAACGGGGGGGCCGCCUAUAAAUACUCUUGGAGAUAUUAAUGGAGAUGAGCAUAUUACUCUGGAUCUUCGGGGAACCCGAUUCACUUUGUCUCGCGAUGAGCUCCUGACUCUGCCUGAGUUCGUUUUGCUGUCACUCUUCCCCAAUGGUCUUCUCCCAGAUGGGCACAUGGGCGGAUUCCAUGAGGGCGAUGUUUAUCCGAUCGAUUAUGAUCCCACGUCUCUCCAAUAUAUGCUGGACUUCUUCCGUUCUGUUGCCCAGUCGAUACCUACAAGUGCACCGUCUGCGUCCACUGCACCUGGAAUGGACAUGCCUGACUCCAUGCAAGCGUCAGCCCGUGAUAUGCUUCAGGAUCGAGCUGGCAUCAUUGUGCUUCGCGAAGACCUCGAUUUCUACACAAUUCCGCCACGAUCAGAUGUCGGCCAUGUCGAGAUGGUUGCAGUCAAGCGUGCCGCUGGCCGAGCAUUGCUUAAACAAGAUGGCAUAUUUUCCGGGCUGAGAAAAAGUACCGAGGUGGGCUCUACGGAGCAACAUCUCAUUGAGAUGCUGACUGCUGGUGGUUUUGACCGUGAAGAUCAAUGGGGUCACCGUGCUCCAGAACCCAAUAAAGCAGUGAUCUGCAGUCUAGCACUGGCCAAGUUGCGCACUGAUAUCAAAGGAGAUAUAUCCAACAACAAUGUUGUGGGAAUGGCUCAGAAGCUACUUCUCUUCUGGAGAAAGCCAGCUAGGCGGUGCUGGUGGGAGGGGGUCGAGCUGGAAGACAUCGAAGGCGUCGAAGGAAAGCUCAAGGUCUGGGUUCGAAGGGUGUGGACUCUUGAAAUGAGCGUCAUCGGACUUAGGUGAUUUCACAUUAUUUCACCAUGUACUCGUCGUCGAUUUCCAUUUCCCUCAUUGUUUCCGUCUACUUUUCCCGGAUCUAUUUUCUCGAGUUUCGCAUGUCCCCCAUCUCCUAUGCGUAUCCCGUAUCCCGUAUGCAUACCACUUUCUGUACAAUUGUCUCAAACCUCCAUUCUCUUUGCUGCCGAAACGAUGAUAUCCUUCCUUUGAGACUUACUUGGACUGGCGUAUUGGAUCCUCAAACGCGAUGCUGCUGUUGUAAUUUGUUUAUAGUUGGCAACUCUACAGAAAUACAGACAGAUCCCUU